AAUAGUUACUUUCCUCGCUCACAUUUGACGAACAAAAUGGAUAUCAAAUCGUUGCUACAUGAUCUUCGUGAAGAAGUGUCAUGUCCUGUGUGUUAUAACAUAUACACGGAUCCAAAACAGCUCCAAUGUUUGCACAGUUUCUGCCUCCAGUGCUUGCAGCAAUGGCACAGAACAAGUCAUGGCCGAGACACAAUCAGAUGUCCAAAAUGCCAAGCUCUCAACAAAGUGCCGGAAAGUGGCGAUCUGAAAGAUCUACCGACCAGUUUUUACCUGAACGGCCUGAUUGAUGUGUUAGCCAUUAAAGAAUGUAAAAACAGUCAAGUACAGUGUGGAAAUUGCGACAAGAAAAGUUCCGAGACAUCUUAUUGUUUCCAGUGUUGCAUAUUUUAUUGCCAAGAAUGCGUCAUUGGACACAACAUCAUGCGAAACAACAGAGAUCACCGUAUUCUAGCGCUUAAAGAUUUUCAAGAAAAGGACUUCGAGGAUGUGAUGACACGACCCAUGUACUGCUCGAAACAGCGGCACGAGAAAGAAGAACUGAAAUACUUCUGCAAGAAUUGUACUACGGCAGCUUGCCAAAGCUGUGUCUUGUUGGAUCAUGUGGGUCACGCUAUGGUGCACUUAGACGACGAAGCUGAAAAACAAAAGAUCCAAAUGAAAUCACUGAUAGAAGCAAAGAAGAGUGAUUUACAAGCAAAAAUCAACAUUGCACGACAACUCGAUGUGGAUUAUGCAAAAAUGAUUAAAAUAGGAGAAGACUUGAAGCGGGAAAUACAGGAGUUUGUGGACAAUUUGCUUGCAACUGUUGAAGCGAAGAAACAAGCCAUGUAUGAAGCAGUGGAAAAAGAAACGAGGAAAUCGCUCGAAAUUAUUACAAAGCUAAAAACGGAGAUCGAAUCUCAAAUUGAGUUAAUCGAAUCAUCGCUGAAGAAAGCUGAUAAACUGAUGAUACGAAGUACAAACGUCGAAGUCGUUCGACUGAUGAAACCAUUUGAGACAAUGUUUCAGCGAGAUGAUCAAAACCAACAAGUGGACCGCGACCUAAAAAAACUUCCUUUUUUAACUUUUGUGGAGAAUCAUAAGCUGCGGAACACUAUUGAAGGCGAAGGAAUUGGAUCUUUGCGAGCAGUAAAUCAAACAAAAGCAAACCAGUCCGUUGCUGAAGGUAAAGGACUUGAAGAAGGAUUUCUUAAUUAUAAAGCGCAGUUUACUUUAACUACAAGAGACGCCGAACGAAGACAGUGUUACAAUGAAGAUGAUCACGCAACGGUGGAGAUCAUGGACGAGCAUGGACGAGAAUGUGAGACGGAAGUGCAAAUAGAGGACAACAAAGAUGGACUCUAUCAGAUCAGUUAUUUUCCCAGAGUUUUAGGAAGGUUUAAAGUAACAGUAAAGGUAAACGGAGAACAUGUUCAAAACAGCCCUUUUAGUGUAGUAGUGAAACGAUUUCAGUUCAAAGCCGUGCUGUCUUUCGGAAAAGAAGGUUCCUCUGUAGGAAUGUUUUGCGAGCCUUGGGGGGUAGCAGUGAAUGCCAGGGAUGAAAUAGCUGUAACUGAUUUUAACAACCACAGAGUUCAAAUCUUUAACAAAAAUGGAAAUUAUUUAAGAUCAUUUGGUAAGGAGGGUGAGAAGGCGGGAGAGUUUAAAUAUCCAAGGGGAAUAGCAUUUCAUAAUAAUGGGAAGAUUUUCGUGGCAGACUCUGGUAACCACAGAAUCCAGAUUUUUAAUGGGGAGGGUCAGUCCGUGGGCAGUUUCAGUGGGAAAGAAAUCCGUGAUAGUGAGCUUAAUUCUCCUCGGGGUUUAUGGAUAGACAGUGAUGGAAACAUUAUUGUUGCUGAUACAGGUAACAAAAUGAUUAAGAUCUUUUCUUCUGAGGGCACGUUUCUAAUGAAGAUAGGUGGACAGGGGGCUUUUACUUGUCCUAUCCACUGUGUCCAGUACGAUACAUAUCUCAUAGUGUCGGACCAAUUUGAACAUUGUAUUAAAGUUUAUGACAGGAAAGGAAACUUUCAGUACAAGUUUGGAAAGAGAGGUGGAGGGGACGGGGAGUUAAUUCACCCCGUAUGUUUGUCAGUGAACAAGUCAGGA